AUAAUGUAUAAAUACAUAUUAUGAUUAUUUACUAAAGAAAAAAAUCUUUGUCUCGAUCAUGAUUUUUAAAGGGUUCAUGAGAACCGCAAAAUUUGUAAUAUUGUUGUGAUUUAGAUUGUCGGGAUCAAGAAUAAUCUCUAUUUAGUUAGGAUCCCGAAUAUUCAUUUUGGGACAAAUGUUGAAUAGUUUUAGAAGUUUGAUAUUGUAAGAUACUCGUAGUAAAAGAUUAAUCUAUGUAAGGAAUAAGUAAUUAAAAAAGAUAUGAAACUAUUUAGAUACAUAUUCAUUUUUUAUAAAUGUAUAUUCAUUUUUUAUAUAUUCAUAUAUAAUUCUAUACAUGUGUGUAUAUAUAUAUAUAUUAUAUAUAUAUAAUGUCGGGAUGUCGGGAUUUUCCCGAUCCCGACUUUUUUUAAAAAAAAAUCCCGGUCCCGUCCCGACUUAGUUGGGAUCGGGAAAAAUUCCCGACUAGUCGGGAUCGGGAUUGUCGGGAUCGGGAUUGUCGGGAUCGGGAUUAUCGGGAUCGGGAUUGUCGGGAUCGGGAUCAGGAGUCGGGAAUCGGGAGUUUUUUCCCAGCCCUACUGCAAAGUAGGCUCACGAGCCUGUGUGAGUGUGUGGGCGUGUGGCUUUCAUCUCAUUUACUAAAUUUCUGGCCUGCUCCAUAAAGGCCAUGGGACAGCCUAGCCCACUAUUUGGAAGGAUGUGUAAGUGGUAGAGUAUUUGAAACUCAUCUUGAUAUAUUGGCCCGACUUGUCAUGACUUGUCCCGGUGGCCGGUUAACCCCAAUAAAAUCUAGAAACAAUGACCCAAAUAUUACUAUUGAAGUUUCAAUUGACAAAAAUAUGACUGAUUUGGGCUUACACACAAAAGUGACCCGUCUUUCCUUCGAGCCUCCAGGUUUACCGUUUCGGCUCUUGCGUCCAGGCGGUCCAGCUCCAGGUGAGAACGGCAACAAACAUCGAGCUUUGACGAACAGUGGAAAGAGAGCGAAGACCUUUGGCCAGCGGCCACUCCUAGGCGACCCUCAUCGCUCACCUCUUCGUCGCUGUUUGUAAUCGUCAGAUCCAACGACGGCUCCGAGGGCUGGCUGGGUUGACAGGUCACGACGGCGCUAGGUAAGUUGUAGGAGGAUGUGCAAUAGCUGGGUAGGGGAUUAGCCGGUGUCUCCGUCGUCCAUCCACGUCGGUGUCGUCAUCGUCCCUUCCCGCCGGUGUUGCCGUCGUCCCUUCACGCCAGUGUCGCCAUCGUCCCUGUACGCCGUAAUUUCUAUGGUCAUCGCCAUGCCCCUUGCUUAUAUUUCUUCUUAUUCUAUUCGAUUGUGGCCUUGUGGGGGAAUUGAAUCUUCAUCGUUGUGUCCAGAUCUGAGUUAGUUAAAGCAGGGGCUGGGGAGGGUGAACGGGCGGCUGGUAGGAGUUGAACUUGAGAGGUGGUUGGGGGAGGUCAGGGGGCGGGGCUACAGGGGGCAAGGGCAAGAGCUAGAGGUGGCAGUUUUCUGGGGUUGGGGGAGUGGGAUGGCGAGUGACAAUGGAAGUGCGAAGGUGGAGUGGCGGCAGGUGGUUGUGAUUGGUGGUGGCCGGAGUAAUUGUGCCUCACUGUGGAGGCGUCACUAUGGCAAUGUCACUAUUCCUGGCGUCACUAUGGCGGCGAUGGGUGUCGAUGGGCGGUGGUGGUGUCACUAUAGCGGUGUCACUGUGUUGGCGUCAUUGUGGUUGAGGUCAUUGUGGAGAUUAGCUGCGUGAAUGUCACUAUGCAUUAUUCACAUUUUUGUCCAAAUGUAAUUGUGAUCACUUUUCUGGAGACUAGCUUUAUUUUAGUAAUACUAAGGGAAUAACCCCUAAAAUAUAGCCGAGAAAUCUAUUUAUACACUACUUAUUAAUUUAUUAAUUGGUUCACAAUAAA